AUGUAUCCUUCACAAUUUCUAUAUUUAAAUAUAACUAUGAAAAUAACAAUAAUAAAUUCAUCAAAUUCAUCAUCAAUUAUUUUAUCAAUUAUUAUUGGAAUUUGUUUAAGUCUUAUUGCAUUUAUAACAGCUAUUGGAAAUAUAGUUGUACUUUUGGCAUUUUAUUGUGACAAGAAAUUACGUACAAUUAAUGAUUAUUUUAUAUUAAAUAUGGCAAUUGCUGAUUUUCUUGUUGGUUUUUUCUGUAUUCCAUUUUAA